CUUUCCAUCCUGAUAGUACACCGUUAACUCUAACCUUCUGCCUUCUAUCCAUUAAGUAAUCUCUAAACCACUCAAAUAGGCAUUGGUCUAGUCCGAAGCCUUUAAGUUUACUAAGGAGACCUAAUUGGGAUACUUUGUCGAACGCCUUGCUAAGAUCAAUAAAAACCACGUCCAACAGAUGGUUCCUAUCUCUGGCCUCAACCCAGUCUUCCCUAGCCAAAAGUAGGUUUGUCAAGCAGGAUCGUCUUGGUCGGAAUCCAUGCUGUUCCACAGCCAACAAGCCAUGUGUUUCAACAUAAGCUAAUAGUUGAUCCCUUAUAAUAGUUUCCAAUACCUUUGCAAUAAUGCAUGUUAGCUGGAUGAAUGCAUGUAUCGCGAAUGGUACGAUUUCUCCAUGGAUCAUGUGUGUAUUGACUGGGAGACAUUCUUACACAGUGUAGUACCAAGUUUGCAAUAUUUCUUAGUGUUUUUUCAACGACUAUACGACUUUUUUUGCAUCUGAAUUCUGACUGGUUGUUCAAGAUCACUGUAGUUUUGUCUAUGAUAGUUUAACUUUCCCCUGUCCCCAGCUAGCAUUGACUUUGGGUACAUCGUGGAAACUCUAGGCCACUCUUCGGGUGCACUACAUACCUUCUGGAGAGACUUAGGGUACAGUGCAGACAACUUUCCUGCUUUCUUUAAUGUACUCUAUGUUUAUCUUUGGCCGAAGUGUUUGCAAUGGGCCCGGAUAUGCUAGCUCGGUUACUUAAUCAUGAAAGGUAUACAUGAGUGUAAAAGUUUCUAUUCUUACUGAAAACCAUGCACGAGUGAAUACUGUUCACAUCUAAAAGUUUGACACUUGAAACACUAACAUCUGCUUCUUUUCCGUGUUCGUCCAGUCAUAAGCAGAUUGAUGAAUUACCGGAGUCAAGGCAGGUGUUCUUGGAGUAGCAGCAAUAUUCCACCCUUAUUCUCUGUUGAUAACGUGUGUCUAGAUGGUUUGAUUGUCUCCAUUGCUGGUCCUAUGUCGGUGGUCACGGGGAAGUUUUUAUGAGACAUGGAAUGGUGUUUCUCUGGCUGAGACAGCUGGUGGUGGUCACAGAAGUAAGGGAAAAUGCACUGUUUAGUAGCAUGAAGCUGUGAUAGGCAAAAAGUGUUUUGGUGGCAUUUGUGGAGUUUCGCACCAAGUCGGCAAUAGUGACCCAUUUUUCACCUCUUCAGAUAAUCAUCUUUGGCGUAGAUGUGGUUCCAAGCGAUUGAACAAAAGAUGUGUGUACUGUGCAGUAGUUGGCUGCGCCCUUUAUGGCUGCGAGGUUCGGCCAUUGGAAGUGGUAGAUAUGAAGAGGUCAGUUAUCUCUGACCACUGAUUCUUGCGUCCUAUAUCUUGUUAGGUGUGAUAAUAUGGUGAGCAAUAUUGAGGUCCGUGUACCAAACCAAAAGCACACUGACUCUAUGGGGAUAGGUGGUACUACCCAGUUGUCUAGGCUAAAAGAGGCGAAGCAGGACUCAAACCUGAAAUCCACUGACCAGAAGCCUGUGUGCCUAAGCUAAUGAGUUCCAUCUUCACAAUAACGAGGUUAAGAGUAGUGUUAGGUAAGAAAGGAAAGUCAAUCGUUGAGGCUGUGAAACUGACGAACGGCCACCUAACUUAUCGAGAAAUGUAGGCUGACAUAAGAUUAUGUUGGAAAGGAUUUUGAGGUAGUUAAUUAAAGACGUGAUAUUAAUCCAUGAAGUCUUUGACUGUUGGUUUGAGUCACGCAUACAGGUGCAGGGUGGUUGGGUCCCUCAAACGCUAAAUACUAGUGGUUGGAGGCUGUUGGUGAUAUGGUUAAAAAUCGUUCUCAGUGACGCAGAUGCAUUCACUAUUUAUAAACUCUUGGAUCCAUCACAUUCUCUGUUUAGUUCUUCCUUUCGUGCAUUUCCGUUUAUUACGGCUUAUUUAUAGUUUUCCUUUAGUUCUGUGUGCUUCAUAAAAUGUGGCAACUUGGACUGCUGUACUCAUGUUUAAAUUCAGUCCAGUUACUCAACAACAACCUGCAUUUCCAUACAGUUAACAAUGAAUGAAACCGUUGAAGUUAAUGGCUAGUGAUGCAAGAGACUUUGAAACAGUUAAUAAUAGAGAAAAUCAGGCUAGUUUAAGCGUUUAAAAAAGUACGGGAAUACUAGAUAGGUUCCUUGCCUUGAAACGUUGUAUAAAUAACUCCCAGCUCCAAAUAAGAGUGUCGGUACUCAUCUAGAUGAUAACUAUGGAUAAACGUAAGCUGAUUUGGGAUAGCAGCAUAGCUGACUUAUUAGUUACCCGAAGGAAAUACCGUGUGCUGUAAUAUGCCUAUCGUUGUCACAUCAGCUUGAUUGGACAAGCUAUUUACCCUGAGGUAGUGACAGCUUUUAGUCUCUGUUACCAUGAUAGAAUCUGCAGCGAGAUUCGUUAUAGGUAGUGCGACUCGGGUCAUUGCGACAUACAAUCCCGAUCAUCAGGUUGCAUUUGGUUCUGGACUUUAAUGACAGGAAGACGUUAGGAAGCGUUACGGAGAUUGCUAGCGAAAGUUGGUAUUGGCUAAAGAUGUGUUAGAAUCUGCUCAAAGAUUCAGAAGACGGUGCCUAUUAUCAGACUUGCAGUCAGAUCGACAAAUAUCAUUAUCAUUCCCUAUCCAUACAAACCCAUUCUACGGAACAACACACAACUGUCCACUCGGGUUCAGUCAAGCAGUGAUGUUUCUCUUUCUUGAAGCUCAGUGCUAUCCCUACAACAUAAAGUCCACAAGAACUAACCAAUAAAUCGCCUGAUACCUGUGUGGUGAAUUCUGUAGAUUCAGCGUAUUGCUUAUGAGGAGUUGAAUGAGUAACAGUACUUGGGUCCUGUAUAAGUACAACAUACAUCCAAAGACUGAUUUAAUUCAUUUUUAUCCAUGUAAAUAUGUGUAAUUUAGUGCAAGAUACUCUUGAGUCAGUUUUGAGGGUUUCUACAUUUAUCGUAUAUUUUACGGGUAUGAAGUACAUACCAAGCCAGUAUGUCUUACCAGCGCUUUCGACUAACAAGAAUAUUGUGUGUGUGUGUGUGUGUGUUUAUGUUCUAGAUAGAGAAUCAGUCUUCACGGGGCAAAGAAAGCGGAGUUAUUUCUUUCAGCACAUCAGUCUUUCUGUGUAGAGUGUAGUUACUGCAGUAACUGAAACGAAGGAGAGAUGCAGUAUGUGGUAGCAACUGACUACAGGUUUUAUUUAAGUGUAUUACGGGUUUUUAUUUUAUCAUGCAUCUGCUACACGCGAAGCUAAAAUUUGUUGUCUAGGAUUUUCUCCUUAUCGAAAGCCUGUUCACUGUGAUUUUCUGCUUCUUUUGUACAUUUUACGUUUCAAACUUUAGAAGUGUGGAAAUAUAUUCCUUUUUUGCAAUUGACUAUGUUAAGUGUGUAUAGGUGAAAAACUGACACCAGGUUGAGUUCAUGCUUUUUUAUAAUUAUUUUUAUUGAUUUGGAAAAAUGUCUUAUGUGCAUUAUAUAAUUAUUUUGAUGUGUUAUUAAAGCUUGUGUAAUUAUUGUCAUUUUGUCUACAGAUCUGAUAAAUGCUCCGCUUAGACUGCUGUCUGUUUGCUCUUUACUUGGCUGUUACGCGAAUUGUUGUUUAUGUGGCUUCUGAAGAAUUGUCUGUGUCGCCUAUCGCUCAAGCAUUACGUGUUGGUGAAUCUGGGAUUUUUGAAUGUUCCACAGAAAACUCAAGUCAUGCUUCAUACCUACAGUGGAUACUGAACGAUGAUACAGUUCUUCUAAAUGGUAAUCAGUCAGCAGAUGGUCGAUUUGCCAAUGAAAAUGGUAUCCUGACAAUGAGUAAUCUUACUGUACAGCAUUCUGGUGAAUAUCAGUGCUUCGAUCCUGAGACAAAUAGCAAUGUAACAAGCCAUCUAAAGGUAUAUAUUAUGCCAUCUUAUGUACUCGAAGGAUCUAUUGUUAUUGCUGUUAAUGGUGUUCUCUUGAUCCUAUUUAUCUAUUCAGUCAUCAAGACUUAUCGGGAACAGAAUCGAAAAGAUCGUAUGCAUGCUUUUUAA